GCUGCCUGCUCUGACCAGGGCCCUUCUGGAAUACCUAGUUCUCACCCCUCUGAAAGACAUGGUUACUUAGCAACCAAAGCGUGUGGCAGCACUGCCUGAAUAGGCAGCUUAGAUCUACAGGAGAGCCUAGUGCCACUCUUGCCUAACAUCUUAGGAGUGGCUGUCCAAGGAGCCAUGGAGAGCUGCAGAACCUUUGCUCGCACAAGGUCCAGGGGAGUGGCCUAGGGAGGAAGUGAAGGGGCUGAUGGGCUCACCCUACCCUUAUGACAUUCUGGGGACAGAGAAGGAUGGGGUGCUGCCAAGAGUUGUAUGAGAGGCAGCUGCAUAAUGGCAAGGCCAGGGAUGCUUAUUUCGGUUGUGUCGAUACCCCCAGCAGCAGGUGGCCCAAGACAUGAGCCCUCCCCUGGGCCCCCACCACCCUUGCUGCCCAAACCAGGAAAGGACAACCAGAGACUUCAGAAGCUACUGAGAAAGGCUGCUCGGAAGAAGAUGGUGGGCGUGACCCCCACCCCACCUGGGGCCUUCCGUACCUCCCUGUCCCCUCCUUCCCCAGCAAAGGUCUCUGGCUACUCAUUUCAAGGCACCUUCUAGUCUUGAAGCUCCAGCCCCAGAAACUGCCUGCCCCCGCAGUGGCUUUGCCCAUGUAUCUGCUCCUACAGUGGGUGGUACCCACAUCACUCAAGUGCAUAUUCGGCUGUCACCAUCCUCACAUACUGGGACUUCUGAGUCCCCCAGAAUGGCCCUGGAUGGAGAUAAAAGCCUGUGUACUUCUAGCACCCAGUCUCUCAUCCCAGUUGCUCAUAUUCGGCCACUGCCUGCUGGGGUACAGACAGUUAGUCCUGGGCCCGAGGAGCCCUCUAUAACAAGGCCACCACCUAGCUUUCAGGCCUCAGUGAACAGAGAAAGUGGCGCUAGGGUGGUGGUGCCCAUAGCCCCUACAUACCGUUCACCUGGACCCUCACCUUAUAGCCCACCUCCUGCAGCUCCUGAAGCAAAACAUCUAGAGGAGCCGCCCACAGCCAGGCCUGCCAUGGAGCCCAGGAAUGUCUCUAGCCUCCCCAGAGCCUCAGGCCCCUCAGACCUCCACCCAUGCCCUGUUCCCAAAGUUGCACCUAAGCCCUCCUUUAGUGGCUGGACACGGCUAAAGAAGCAGCUGAUGGAGGAGGCAAAGGAGCCUGUGUUUCCAGAGCUGAAACCGAACCUGGAGCCAACACAACCAGAGGUGCCAGCCCCUGUGGUGGGCCCGCAGGCCCCUGCUUCCCGAGCAUCCAGGAUGUGGGAUGCAGUGCUGUACCGCAUGUCACUGGCUGAGUCCCAUAGAGACCGCCCUGUGGGGCCUGGAGAUAGGGGCCACCCUCUGGCCUGCCUCAACCGCCUGCCAUUUCUAUGCCGACCUCGUUUCAAUGCACGGAAGCUACAGGAGGUGGUCCGGCCCCCUCCUACCUUCCACCCCAUUCUGGAGCUGCAUUCUCAGCCCAAGAAUUUCAACCGGACAGCAGAAGGUUGGAGACUCCAGUAACAAAGCCAGAGUGGCCUCUGGGACUCUGGACUCUGGUGGACAGAGACUGGCUGAGGCUGAGCAUACAGAGCAGAGAGACUUAGCCCUCUCAAGUGAACAGGAUGGGUCAGCAGGGUAUAUGACCUUGGUAGCUGAGUGCUAGCUGCUAAGAGGAGCCUAUUGGACAGAUACAGAUCAGUUGGUGGGAAGAGAUAUGGCAAAGUGAGAGAAGUGAAUGAAGCUGAGAGCAUGUGGCUGGAGGUGGUUUGGGGUUGUGGAGAGUGUGCAUUGGAGAAUGUUCAUGGAUGGUGGGAGCCUGGCUUCAGGUCUAGGAACUGUGGGGGGGGGGCUCUAGUUCCAGAGAAAGAGGGCUUGGAUGAGGAGUAUUCAGAGGCACAUAGGACUGGGCAAUUGAGAAAGAAUUUUCUGUGGUUCCAUAGGUAUCCCUUCUGGUUUCCUGACAGCAAGGGCUUACUGAUUAAGACUGCACCAAAUGCAUGGUGUAGUGAAAAAAUCACAGCCAAGUUUCAACAGUUGGGUAAGGGUAGGUCAAGCUAGAGGGCUACAGAGAGGCAGGAUCAAGGAUUAGAGAAACUCCUAAGAUCUGCCAGACUCUCAACAGCUGUGAGAGGAGGGAUCCAGAAGAGCCAGGUGUGGCUUCCCCUUACAGCCACCAUAACAAGACUCAGCAAGGACUGAGCUGGUAGCCCCACCUGGGAUGUGAUGGGUAUUGUGGUUGUAGAUGGAGCCAUCCAAUAAAUGUAUGUAUAC